AUUUUCUAACAGAUGUAAACGAAGUGUAUAUGAUGCAUUGUCUUUGUAGAAGAGCAAUCCUACCCCAGUAGAUCUUCAGUUUCGUUUCUGCCGUUCCUACCGCUUCCGCUGAAGCGGCUGCGCUUUGUUUCGUAUAUGCCAGUCAUAACUGACCCUGAUAUUUGUACAUCACCACAGAGCUCACGGUACUAGAGUUAAGAAAAAUGAGCAGGAGAAAUAGAAAAAAUCAGCUCUCUAAAAAUGAUCUGCGUACAGUUGGAUUUGACUUUAUAGAGUUUCUGGAGGAAAGCGAAAGAAGAUCCAUUACUGACAGAAUCGUUCUCAAAAACAUAUACAAUGAAGAGUUCCGAAACAGGGAUGGAGUCAGAGACCCAAACUUCUCUUCAGUCCUCUUUGUAUUGAGAAAUUGCAAGAAUGCACGCAUCACCAGAACAGGACAUGUUUACUUUAACUCCAAUGUCAGAGUGCUGCACGAUCAGUGGUUUACACCUCGUCGCAUACAACACAACCAACCUCUGAGUAAUGGUAGCUCACCUCCACCCGCUAGUGCCCAGUUUUCUGACUCACCGUCAGUGCCAGGGCCAGAAGAUGGAGUCAGAGGAAGGAGAAAACUGUCAAAAGCCCUCCUGAAAAGAAUAAACACUACAGAAAGGUCUGUGUUUAUCGCUGAUAAAGGUGGGGUGCGGGUGUCCUCAGAGCUACAGAUAGAAGAUGGCAUGAUUCAGCUGUUUGUGGAGAAAACAGAAAUUUGUGAACUAAAGCUGUUUGUGGAGAACACAGGUCAGAAGGCCGUGUAUUUCACAUACUUCACUGCUCUACACUGGCUGCAGUAUUUCACUCUGGAAGACAGCAAGAAAGUCACACGCAACAAUCCACUCUGUCUGGAGCCAAGUGAGCGAUAUGAGGUGACCUUAAGAUUCAAAGCAAAACAGACAGGAGUUUAUCCAGCCACUCUGGCAUUUGAGUUCAAGGAAAACACCCAACCCGGCACAAGUCCUUUCCACAUUGUUCGGUUCAUUCAGGCAGAAUACAGAUCCGAGCUUGCAGCUCUGCUGGGUCCUGAAGCACCAUACAAACCAAAGAGGCUUGAGAUAUUUGAACCUGCGAGAUGCAACAUAGAUGAGGGGGUUCCACCUGAGAGUUUAGCCCGAAAUCUUUUACUGUUUGUGCUGCCACUGGAUAACUAUACUCGUCCUUCUUACAUCUCCGACUUAGCCGAGGUCCUAAAAGGCAGCCGUUCUUUUCCGAAGCUCCAGGAGCAGAAGUCAAUACUGGAGAGUGAUCUGGGUUUUCAUAACUAUAUGGAUCGCUUUGAUUUGCUGCUGUACCUGGAGGAAGAUCAAAUGCGUGUAGACAUCAAGAGAUAUAACAAAGAUGAUGUGUCCAUGGUGAGGGACCAUGAGAACAAACGACUUUUGGUCUUAGAGCUCCCUGGUGUAUCAGAGAACAGACCAUCAGUCCUGAGAGGAGAUCACCUGCUUCUCACCAAGAGUGAGGAGGUCAAACUCUCAGCUGUGACCAAAUACAAGGGCUACGUUCACAGAGUGGAACUGGAUCAGGUCAAACUGGGCUUCUCUAAAAGGCUGCUUGAUGGUUUCAUAGAUAAUAUGAAAUUCCGUGUGGAGUUCACAGUCAAUCGUCUCCCGUUAAAACUGCAACACAGAGCAGUACACAUGGCGAUCGAGCAUGAUCUCGAAGAUGUGCUGUUCCCUGUGGCCUCAAGGAGCGUGACACCCGCACCUACACCUGCACUGAGGCUCUUUGAUCAAAAGCUGGACAGGAACCCUGAACAGAAAACUGCAGUGUGUAACAUUGUGGCUGGUACGUCCAAGCCGGCACCGUACUUGGUGUUUGGACCUCCUGGCACUGGUAAAACUGUCACGAUAGUGGAGGCAAUCAAACAGGUGGAAAAGAAUACACCUGGUGCCUAUAUCCUAGCUUGUGCUCCAUCUAACAGUGCAGCUGAUCAGCUAUGUGAAAUGUUGAUCACUAGUCAACAUGUUGAUUCACGGAAGAUAUACAGAGUCUACGCUAGCUCACGCAAUCCAAAAGAUAUCCCUAAAGUCCUAGAGAAAAACAGCAAUGUGGAGGGAGGCACAAUUAUUUUCCCAUGUAAAGAGGAUCUAAUGUACUACAAGAUCCUGGUCAGCACUCUGGUAACCGCUGGCAGGCUGGUCAGUGGGGGUUUUCCUGUGGGUCAUUUUUCUCACAUCUUUGUGGAUGAGGCAGGACAUGCUGUGGAGCCAGAGACCAUCAUCAGUGUGGCAGGUCUGCUGGAUGCAAAAACUGGACAGCUUGUUUUGGCUGGAGAUCCCAAGCAGCUGGGGCCAAUCCUGAGAUCUCCUUUUGCCAUUAAAUAUGGACUUGGUCUUUCCUUGCUGGAGAGGCUGAUGACACAGAAUGAACUUUACCAGAAAGGUACUUCAGGAUUUGACAACCGUUACGUAACCAAACUGCUGCAGAACUACAGGUCUCAUCCAUCCAUUCUGAAGAUUCCUAAUGAGAUGUUCUAUGAUGGGGAGUUGCUAGCAUGCGCAGAUAUGAUCAUCUCUAGCCAGUACUGCAUGUGGGACCACCUGCCGAAAAAAGGAUUUCCUGUGAUUUUCCAUGGAGUGGUUGGAAAGGAUGAGAGAGAGUCGAACAGCCCCUCCUUUUUCAACACUUCUGAAAUCGAUAUCAUGAUGGACUACCUGAAAAAGCUGCUCCUGACACAGGCCAAGAAGGGAAUUGCAAAAAUCUCCCCCAAAGAGAUUGGUAUUAUUGCCCCCUACAGGAAACAGGUGGAGAAAAUCAGGAAGGCCAUCAAGAUGCACAGUGAGCUCAAAUCCUGUUUGGGCAUUGAGGAGCUAAAGGUUGGCUCUGUGGAGGAGUUUCAAGGCCAGGAGAGGAAAGUGAUAAUUGUGUCAACUGUUCGCAGCGACAAGCAAUACACAGUUUUGGAUGAAACAUUCAACAUUGGGUUUCUGAAGAAUGAGAAGAGAUUCAAUGUGGCAGUGACGAGAGCAAAAUCCCUGCUCAUCAUGGUGGGAAACCCCAUCAUUCUACAGACAGACCCAACCUGGGGCAGCUUUAUUAAAUACUGCAUUGACCAGGGAGGUUAUACUGGAUAUGAUUUGUCCAACUUGGAGGACACAGAGGCAGUUGUUGAGCGUCUGCUUGCUCUAAACAUCUGUGAGGAGAUCAUAGAGGAAACAGAAGAGAGUGUGGUCCAGCAAUAUGUGAAUCCUGAGUGGAGACAUGAUCUUUAAAUCAAGUGUUAUUAUUAAAGCGACUCCUAGGCAGGCCCAUCUCAUUAGCAUAACCCUUUCCCUUUCCCUUGCUGGAGUUAGACUGGGAAAGUCUUAAUGAACUUAGAAGUUUAAUUUUAAACCUAAAACUGCACUAUGAUAUAUAAACACUGCAGUGAAGUAAAGGGGUAAGUUUUUUUUAUUUUUUUUUAAAUCAGUACUGCAUGACUAGAGAAAACAAAGAAAAAGGGCUGUGACAUUCACUUCUGCCAAAAAGUUGUAAAUACACAGGCUUAUUACUGUUCAAGGCCUCUGUCAAUCCAUGUGUCUACGGGCAGGGAUACAAAGAUGCAAAUAAAUAAACUGGGAAAUCUGGGUGCAGGUUACAUGGGGAAAGAAUACACAUUGUUCUUUUACAUAUACAACAUCGAAACAAUACAAAGAUGGUUGAAAAUCUGCAGACUUGUCCUUUAUUCUCAGGGUUUUAUGUGCAAUGUUGCCUGUGUUGACUAAAAAGGUUUUAUUAGACGUUUUAAUGAAAAUGCAUUAUUUGAUGUCAUAAACAUCAUAAACAUAUGGUUGUUAAAUCACAGAUUACUGCCCUGAAAUAAGUGCCUUGUUUUAUAAAAUUAUCAGUCAACACAGGAAUGUUAAUUUAGUAAUGCUUUAUUCAUGGUGGUAAUGGUUUUGUUUGUGUUCCCAAUUGCAAAGAGAGUCAGAGGUUUACAUCAAUGCAUUGUCAAUCAUAUUAUAUGAUUAUAUAAAAAAUGUGGACUUAAUUUCAAUGACUUUUGACUAUAGUAAAUACAAUAUUGUAAAAUUAAGGAUGUUAAAUCACAAGUCAAAGCAAAAUUUAGAGACAUCGACUUUUUCUAUCAACACACUAGGCAUUAAUGAAUUAUUUUGUUGAUUUCCCCUUGAAUAUUUAUAAUUUUGCCACUUACAGUAUUGUAUACAGUGCCGUUGUCAUGCAAAAAUAAAACAUGAAAAUAUGAUGACAGAAUUUUGUCC